ACAAAGCAAAUCUCUCUUGACAAGAAAGUCAUUUUAACUUCUGUCUCACUCUCAGUUCUCCACCAUCAACAUCACCUGAUCGGGGUUUCGAAGAAUUCUAGAAAUCAAUAGAUUAGCCGAGAAGGGAGUUCGUCGCACGGAUACGAGUGAAGAAAGAUGGGAAGAGCCCCGUGCUGUGACAAGGACAACGUGAAGAAGGGACCAUGGUCCCCCGAAGAGGAUGCCAAGCUCAAGGCUUACAUUGAGAAAUACGGAACCGGUGGCAAUUGGAUUGCUCUUCCUCAUAAAAUCGGGCUCAAGAGAUGCGGGAAGAGUUGCAGGCUGAGAUGGCUGAAUUACCUGAGACCUAACAUCAAGCAUGGUGGCUUUACUGAGGAAGAAGACAACAUCAUUUGCAGCCUCUACAUCAGCAUCGGCAGCAGGUGGUCAAUAAUUGCGGCACAGUUGCCCGGAAGAACUGAUAACGACAUCAAGAACUACUGGAACACCCGGCUGAAGAAGAAGUUGCUCGGGAGGCGAAAGCAAAGUAAUGCAAGAGGACGUCUCGGCACGAAUGUAGGGGCCGACGGGCCUCAAGACAGCUCGUCAUCUCCAUCCGAAUUGAGCCAUUCUGCCUUCGAAAGGCUCCAACUCCAUUUGCAGCUUCAAAGCCUUCAGAGCCCUCUCUCUAAUUAUUUCUACAGUAACCCUGCCCUCUGGCCUAAGCUGCAUCCUUUACUCCAAGAAAGGAUAAUCCAAAGCCUUCACUUGCUACCACAACAAAACCUAGGCCAAACCCUUGAUCUGCACACCCCUGGCCCCGAAUGUGACAACGUGCGCGGUUCUCAUUCCGAGGAUGAACCGAAUGGAGAAUUCUACUUCCCCGCCAUGACAUCUAUCCAGCCGGCCGCUCAACAUGAUUCUCUGAGGGUCAUUUAUGAGAAGAUAGAAAAUCUCGAGUCCUCCCAGGUUGAAUCAGGAGCAUACUCCGAUGCACUGUACGACACUAGAUCACUCGCCUUGGGUUCCCCAAACAGUAUAUCGUCGUGCUCGGGAGGGUCGAUGCCUAUGAACUAUAGGUGUGGUGUGAUCGAGCCAAACAUCGACCAAUACUCGAACAUCCAUAACAACAUAACAGAACUUGAUCAGAACACGUUAGUUAGCAAAACCGGAGGAAUUAUGUCACCGGAGGAUCAGGCAUCUGACUACUUCAAGGAAUCCAACGGUUCCAAGGACAGCUUUCUCUGGGGGUCUAUUGACUUUGAGAUGAGAGCCGGACCGUCAAUGUCUUGGGACACAACUUCCGUCAUGCGUCACGAGGGGAUAUAUUAGACGUACGUCAAAGACCCGAAGAAAGUUCGUCUCGAAGGCUUGAGAUUCUUCCCUAGACUAAUCGUUCAAAUUAACACCAAAUUAAUUUGGAUGCCGCAUUGAGGGUUAGUUCAAGUGGCAAAUAAUUUGGUGUUUGCGCACAUGGUUUUGGCGUGCAGCAAUAGUUAAUUUUAGAGAAGGUGGGGACUCAUAUAUUUGCCAGGUUAUGUAAAUUUAUGUGAAUAGCAUAAGUUCAGUUAUUAAA